UAGUGUUCGCUGGACCAGUUUGGUGUUCACUGGACCGGAUUGGUGCUCAUAAAAACAUAAAGAACACUGCGGAAGGCCUACUGGCCCAUGCAAGGCAGGUCCAAUUCUUCUGCCGGCUUAAGCCAACGCCCUAACCUAGUCAGACUGUCAAGAUGGCUGAAAAUGCAAAAUCAUGGCUUUAUGCCUUUUGUGGAAAGAAGAAAGUUACUCCCAGUUAUGAAGUUAGAAAUUCAGGUCCAAAGCAUCGGCAGCGAUUCUUGUGUGAAGUACGAGUCCCUGGCUAUAACUACAUUGGUGUUGGCAAUUCAACAAGUAAAAAAGAUUCUCAGUCAAAUGCUGCCAAAGAUUUUAUACAGUUCCUUGUUCGCCAAGGAGAUGUACAGGCAAAUGAGAUUCCAGAUUUGCAGAUGCCUGAUUCUGGUGGUGGGGAGGAGGAUGCUUCCCGCACUGAAGGCGGAGGAGAGUUCAAGCUUUCUGCCCCAAUGGCUCCUGUCCCAGGUCUCAGAGAAGAAGGAAAUGUUUACCAUCCUAUUCAGAGGGAAGGUCGACAGAUGACCUACAUGGAGCGCAUACAAGAGCGGAAAGCCACAGAAGAUGCUGAAGAUGUAGAUCUUACUGCAAAUAUUCAUGGUAACUGGACAAUUGAAAAUUCUAAAUCCCGUCUGCACAUGUUUCUUCAGACAAACAAGAUAAAGGCUGACUAUAAGUAUAGUGCCAUUGGACCAGACCAUAACAGGAGUUUUGUGGCUGAAAUGUCCUUCUAUGUAAAGCAACUUCAAAGAGAUGUUUAUGCAAGAGAAACUGGAUCCAAUAAACAAGCUGCCAGUAAAAGUUGUUCUCUCUCACUUGUCCGUCAACUCUACCACCUGAAUGUUAUCGAGCCAUUUUCUGGGACACUGAAGAAAAAGGACACUGAGCAACUGAAACCAUAUCAAGUAGCACUUUCACCUGAAGCUGUAACGCUGAUAGACUCUGUGAUUAGGACUACAGGUGUCCAUCCAGUUAUGCCAGGUAGUGAUCCUUCCCAACCCAGCAGUCUGAUCCCUGAUGUUAAGCUGGCAGAAUUUGAGUUAUCUGAAGCACCUCAGUCUACUGGUGGAGUGGUGUCCUGGUCUCCACCACAACAAAACUGGAAUGCAUGGACCAGUUGUAAUUUGGAUGAGGGUCCAUUGUCUACACUCUCUUUGGAUCAGAUUAGUGCUGAUUUGCAAGGAGUUCAUAAGGACCGCCUGCAAACUGACCAAACAUUACAGUCACUAACUGAACAGAGAACCCAGUUACCUGUGUACAAAAUGAAGCAGGAUAUAAUGGCUGCCAUUUAUGAAAAUCCAGUUACUAUCAUUAGGGGCAACACAGGCUGUGGUAAGACAACUCAGGUUUGUCAGUUUAUCUUGGAUGACUACAUUCAGUCAGGAUCAGGAGCCUACUGCAAUAUAGUUAUCACACAGCCACGUCGUAUAUCUGCAGUGUCUGUUGCUGAUCGUGUUGCCUGUGAGCGUGGAGAAGAUACUGGUAAUAGUGUUGGAUAUUCUGUACGGUUUGAGUCUGUGCUUCCAAGACCAUAUGGUGGAAUAUUAUUCUGUACUGUUGGAGUUCUGCUGAGAAAGUUAGAAGCUGGACUGAGAGGUGUAUCUCAUGUGAUUGUUGAUGAAAUUCAUGAGAGAGACAUCAACACAGAUUUUAUACUUAUUGUGUUACGUGAUAUGGUGCGUGCUUUCCCAGAUCUUCGCAUAAUUCUCAUGUCUGCAACCAUCGAUAUUUCACUUUUCUCAGAAUAUUUUGCUAACCCAUGUCUGAUUGAGGUACCAGGACGAGCCUACCCUGUACAGGAAUAUUACUUGGAGGAUUGUAUUGAGCUUACAAAGUUUAUACCCCCUCCUGAUACUAGAAAACGUAAUAAAAAGGAGAAGGAUGAAGAGCUUCCAGGGGAUGAGCCAGAAGAGAACCUGAAUAUUGUCAGCUCAAGUCAUUAUUCAGAUGCCACUAGAAAAUCUUUGUCCAUGAUGAACGAGAAGGAUUUGAGCUUUGAACUGGUAGAAGCUUUACUGAAAUACAUAGACACACUUACUACCCCUGGGGCUGUACUGAUAUUCCUUCCUGGCUGGAACCUCAUCUUCAGUCUCAUGAGACACCUGAAGCAACACCCAGUUUUUGGGGGACAUCAGUACUCUGUGUUACCUCUGCACUCACAACUUCCACGAGAAGAUCAACGCAGAGUGUUUGACUCUGUUCCAGAUGGUGUUAGGAAGAUUAUCCUGGCAACAAACAUUGCUGAGUCUUCCAUCACUAUCAAUGAUGUUGUGUUUGUGAUUGACUCUUGCAAAGCAAAAAUGAAACUCUUCACAUCACAUAAUAACAUGACCAACUAUGCAACGGUGUGGGCUUCACGAACCAACUUGGAACAACGUAAAGGUCGAGCUGGAAGAGUCAGGGCUGGCAUUUGUUUUCAUCUCUGCACUAAGGCUAGAUAUGAUAAACUAGAUGAACACAUGACGCCAGAGAUGUUCCGCACACCCUUACAUGAAGUGUCCCUCUCAAUCAAGCUUUUGCGUCUAGGAUCCAUUGGAGAAUUUCUGUCCAAAGCUAUUCAAGCUCCACCCAUUGAUGCUGUUAUUGAGGCAGAAGUCACACUAAGAGAGAUGAAGUGUUUGGACAGCAAUGAUGAACUAACCCCUCUUGGACGUAUCCUGGCAAGACUACCAAUAGAGCCUCGCCUGGGAAAGAUGGUGAUCCUGGGUUGUAUUUUCUUUUGUGGUGAUGCCAUGUGUACCAUUGCUGCACACAACUCUACUUCUCCUGAAAUUUUUAUCAUCCCUCCAGAAUACCGUCGACUUAGUCCAUUUCAACGUGCUUUUGCUGGCAACCGCUACAGUGACCACAUAGCAGCAUUAAGUGCAUUUAAUUCAUGGGAGGAAGCCAGAGCUGGUGGAGAAAAUGCUGAGAUUAGGUUCUGUGACUACAAAGGACUUUCUAUGCCUACAUUAAGGGUUACUUGGGAAGCAAAGAAUCAGCUGAAGGAGUUGCUUGUCAAUACUGCUGGAUUUCCUGAAGAGUGUCUUCUGCCUCAAACAUUCAAUUUUUAUGGUCCAGAUCCUAAGCUAGACUUGGUAGUGGGCCUUCUAACUUUGGGACACUAUCCAAAUGUCUGUGCUCACAAAGAAAAGCGUAAGGUGUUGACAACAGAAUCCAAGGCUGCUCUCAUCCACAAGUCAUCUGUCAACUGUAGUAAUCAAGAAUUAAUAUUCCCCUCACCUUACUUCGUGUUUGGAGAAAAGAUUCGCACUCGAGCUGUGUCGUGUAAGCAAAUGACAAUGGUGACUCCAAUCCACUUGAUGCUGUUUGGAUCUAGACGUGUGGAAGCUGUGGAGGGUGUUGUUCGCUUGGAUGGGUGGAUUAAUUUAGAUCUCCCAGCUGAACUUGCAGCCAAGAUCUUGACACUGAGGCCAUCUUUGGAGAGUCUCAUUGUUAGAGGAGCAUCAAACCCUGAGGGUAUAACUGAACCUUCACAUCAAGAUGAACAAGUAAUGAACUGCAUUCGCCAGUUGUGCCGCAUGAAUGCAGGCCGCUACAACAUGGAACAAAUUGGUAUGGGAGGUUUUAACACGCCUAGACCACCACGUCAGUUUGGUGGACCACAGAUGAAGAGAAUGAGGACAGAUGAUGGUCCAGGUGGUUUUGGAGAUAGCAAUGGAGGGUUCAGAGGAGGUUACAGCAACAACAGUGGGUUUGCAGGUGGUAGGGGCUAUGGUCGUGGAAGCCGUGGGGGUUAUGGUGGUAGCCGAGGAGGAUUUGGUGGCGACCUUGGAGGUUAUGGUGGUAACCGAGGAGGAUAUGGUGGCGACCGUGGAGGUUACGGUGGUAGCCGAGGAGGAUUUGGUGGCAACCGUGGAGGUUACGGUGGUGGCCGAGGAGGAUUUGGUGGUAGCCAAGGAGGAUUUGGCAGUGACCGUGGAGGUUACGGUGGUAACCGAGGAGGCUUUGGGGGCAACCGUGGAGGUUUUGGGGGAGGCUUUAGUAGUGAUGGUUGAGGUUUUAGUUUCAUUGGAGAUUAUGGGGAUAAAAGAGAACUUAGUAAACUAAACAUUUUAGAAAUAAUUAGCAAUCUGGAAUGUAUUAUGGAAAUUUGGUUCUUUUUCUGAAUUUAAUGCACUGUAUUCAUUUCCCUAAUUACCACUUGUUUCAUUUUGAUUACGAUUUUUUUUUUUUCUCCUCUUACAUCUUUACCUAAAAGAAAGGAAUAAAGGAAUGUGAUCACCUGUCAAGCUUUAUGUAAUGAUUGUAUGUGGCUAUGAAAACUAGUGCUAAAUGUGAUCUAAUUUAUGAUUGUUCACCAGUUGUGACAAGAACAUUGCUGAUUAUAUACUUAGUACAAACUUUAAUACUUUAAGUUGGUAAUGUAAGCUUAAUUUUCACCAUGUCAUAUUUAUACAAUGUGGAAAUUAACUAAAUAAAUAGCUUACCUAUACAGGUUGUUCUCUAAGCUUUAUACAGGACUGUAUAUUGAAGGGUUAUAUUGAAACUAGCAAAACCUGGUACCAAAGCAGUUAGAUUACAACCUUAGUUUAAAAAAAUAUAUAAAAUAUUUAAAAUUCAGCUAGAAUUUCUGGAGUUCUACUAAAUAUUAAUUCUUAUUGUUAAUUGACCUGCAUGAAAUUUAUGAAAGCAAAAUACCAGUGAAAUCAGUUUUAUACUGGACUGUCCUCUUGUUUGCAAACAAUAUUGUUGUAUUACACUCAAGGAAAGCAUUAAACCCAUAAGUGUAAUAAGGCUGCAAACAGUAUUAGUGUAAGACAUUCCCAUUUAUAAUCAGAAGGAAGCACUAAACCCAUAAGGAUCAUGCACCACCUGACUGAGGCAUUCAGGUUUGAGCCAAGGCAGGGCAUCAGCUUGUUUAGUAUGUGGAAUAAGAGUGAAUCAGGUGGGGUUCAAGGAAGAAGAGGAUAAGUCCACUUCCUGAGAUCACAAACACCCUAAGCAGCAUCAUGGUGCCUCACUUGAGGUAAAAUGUGAAUUAAGAGGGGAAAGGAAGCUCAUAUUCCCUCAAAGAUCUUAGCUUCACCAGUCUCAAAGCACCUUCCUUGAGGGUACCAGCAGCUCGUAAAAUAGGUUUGAUAUAAUGUAGUACUGUAGUUCAAAAUGUGGAAUUAUUUUGCUUUAUUAUUAUUAUAAUCAAGGGGGAAGCGCUAAACCCGGAGGAUUAUACAGCGCCUGAGGGGGGGGGAUGUGGAAGGCAUUCAGGCUUAAUUCGGGGAACUGGAGCACAGAUCCAAUUCCCUAAAUCAAGAGCCCCUCACCAACAUCAAGGAACCUUCCUUGAGGGGAAACUUUAGAUAAGCAGUACACUUUAUCUUAAAUCUGCAUUUGGGUUUAGUGCCUGUGUAUGGUUGAUAAUCUCAUCCAUUUAUUUGAAAAAUAAACAUUAAAAUUGGAAA